AUGGAGAUGGAGUACGUAGAAGGAGCGGCGGAAACGGCUGAGAGGUCGGCAGAUGAUGUGAACGAGGGAGGGGAGGAUGCCGAGGAGAAGAAAGUCGGCGUGGAGGAGGCUCAUGGGGGGGGUGAGAAGGUCGUGGUCGGCGAUGUGGUUGGCGACGCGAAGGAAGUUAUCGACCUCGAGGCCGUUGGAGAAGAAGACAACGCCGCGGCCACGAAGCAGACGGGCGUGGACAGGCCUACCAAGACCACCGCAGGGAAGGCCGGGGGGGAGCGGUCUAGGAAGAAGUUUGCGGCGCGCGGUCAUCUCGGUUCCUCCGCAUCUGGUCGGCAGGCACCGCUGGACGUCGUCGAGCAGCUGCGACAGGAGAACAGGCGAUUGACGGCAGAAAAUGCCCGUCUGGAGAAGGCGCUCGGAGAUGAAAGGGGUCGGGUCACCGUCUCCGACCAUAAUGCGGCGAAACGGCUGCUAGAUGCGACGUCGGCCGUGUCGACAACCAUCACGGACAACAUCACCAACCACAUGGAUGAAUCGUGGAAGGCAAUGAAGUCCUUCGCCAAAAAGGCGUCGACGUGGUUGGCGGAAAUCGACGAUCUGGAGGGAAGUAUGGCAGUUGAACGCGCAAAAGCGGUCACCACCGUGGGCAACCACGUGGAAGCGGUGGUGGACGAUGCAAAGCUGGGUUUGGAGGACUACAUCUCGAAGCACCUAGCCGCCGCGCAGACCAACAUUGCCGCCGCGGUAACUCGCACCAUCGCCGUGCCGCCGCCGCCCCCCCCGCCGCAGCCCAUGCCAGCCUUCCCGGACGAGCUCAUGAAGUCGUUCAAGGCGGACGUGUUGAAGGCGGUGGUAGAGGGCACCCAGCAGUCGUUUGUUGCGUCUGGGUUAAAGCUCAUGACCGAGGUGAUUGGCAAUGUGGCGGCUGGUCGGCGUGGGUCGUCGCCGUCGGCCAAUAACGCCGAUCCCGCGCAACGAAGGGAGGCCGACAAGCAAGGCCAAAAAAGGGCGGGCGGCGGAGAUGAUGCGGGGAGCGUGAAGCGGAGCAAGGGAGCGGAUGGGAGCCACGGCAUCGGCGCGGUGGGUCCAGGCAGCUCGCGGACUCGAGGUCAGAGCGUGGUCGACCAGCUCAAGAAGAACGGGGCCAAGGUAAGGUUGCACAGCAAGGGCGAUGGAAUCGGGAGUGCAGAUGGGGGCCAUGCCGACGAGGUUGCCGCUCAAGACGCUGGACCAACAGCCUCGCCCCAUGGUCUGGUCGGCGGGAAAGGCUUGAGCGACGAGGAGAUCCCAACCGCUCAAACGGCGAUAGAUAAAGGCGCCAGAACCGUCAAGGGACCAUCUUCCCCCCCCGGUGGUUCAGCGGAGCCAAAGACGACCACUGAUGCUGUCGGCAAGGGAGAGUCGAAACAGAAGGGGAAGACCGACACAGGGAAAGGGAGGGCGAGCUCUCAGAGGAAAACACAGGCGAUGUCGGCCGAGACAGGGAGGGAGAAGGCGAAGGAGAAGUCGGUGGAGAAAGGGAAGGAGAAGGCGGAGGAGAAGGAUGAGAAGGAGAAGGAGAAGGAGGAGAAGGAGAAGGAGAAGGAGAAGACGAAGGAGAAGGAGGAGAAGGAGAAGGAGAAGGAGAAGGAGGAGAAGGAGAAGGAGAAAGGAUGGAAGGGUCAUGGCAUCCGCCACGACAACUCGGGCGACGGUCUAGGGUGGGUGGGCGAGAUUAAGGUGCUCGGCGCUAAUCGAUACAUCGGCAAGUCGGGCGACAAGAUGGAGCUGGCGUACCUGCACUCGAUUGCGUACAUCGUCUACGACGGUUACGUCAGCAAGGUCCUCAUCGCCGAGCUCACCGGCUUGGAGGAAACCGAGUUGGAGAAGUGGAGGAAGGUGUGGGAGGAACCCAAGAUUUUGCCGACAGGGAUGUGGACGAACGACGAUGCCCAGGUGGUCGAUGCUGUGGGCGAAGGGAAGGCGGCGGCGAUGGUGGUCGGUGCGAGCAAGAAGACCGCCGGUAUCUUCAAGGAGGUCAUGCAGGCGGUGCUGGAGGCCGAGAUCGACAGGGAGCAACCCCUUGGGGAGGUUGCGCACAACGUCGCGCCGGCGCUGCAGAGUCUCGCUCUGCACCGAGUCUAUCCGGGGGUGGAUCAUGAAGUCGAAGCCGACGUGAUCGCUAGAGCGACGGUGGAGACCUUGGCGUUCUGGGGAAUGUGCCCCGUCGCCGGGCCGAAACUCGAAGAGAUCGGCAUCGCAGUGCCGUGUGACGCGCGGAUGGAGUACGAUAUUGAACAUAGGGGGAGGAAGGGGCAGAGGGGCAAGCAGGGUAAGGACAGCACGGGGAAGAAGGGGAAGAAGGGCAGGAAGGGCAAGGACAGCACAGCGGCGUAG